AUGAGAGGAUCAUCGUAUUCCCAGAAGACCCUGACCGUCAGCGGAGCCAGCAGGACGAGGGUCCAGAGCCCGUCACCCUCCCGAUGCCGUGGAUCUUCCUACAGCCGCGGCCGGGCCGGGUUCCAGGGUCAGGCCGUGGAAGUCGGUACGGAGAUCCAUCAGCACCACGCCAACGAGAAAGAGGAGAUGCAGGAGCUGAACGUGCGCUUCGCCGGCUACAUCGAGAAGGUCCAGGCACUCGAACAGAGAAACGCCGCCCUGAAAGCCGAGCUGGAAAGCCUGCAGGGUCGUUUUAAGGGAGGUCCCGCCGGACUCGGGGAGGAAUACGAACUGAAGUUUAAAGAGAUGAGAGACCUCAUCGAAGCUCUGACUGCAGAAAAAGGUGCGGCCGAUAUCGAGAGAGGUUACAUCGAGGAGGAGGUGGAGGUCUGGAGACUCAAGCUGGAGGAAGAGUUGGCGCUGAAAGAGGAGGCUGAAAUCAUCCUACGAGAGUUCCGUCAGGACGUCGACAACGCCACGCUACAGAAGGCCGACCUGGAGAAACGCAUCGAGCAGCUCGUGGCAGAGAUCGAGUUCCUGAAAAAGCUUCACGACGAGGAGGUCGCCGAUCUCCUCAAGCAGAUCGAGGAGUCCAAGGUAACGGUUGAGCUGGGCUCGGACAGACCCGACUUGGCGGCGUACCUGCGCAACGUGCGCGCCGAGAUCGAAGCCGUGGCCGCCCGCAACGUCCAAGAAGCCGAGAAGUGGUACAAGAGCAAGUUCGACACCCUGAAGGAGCAAGCCAGCAAACACGAGGGCCACAUGAAGACCAUGAAGGAGGAGAUCAACACCUUCCACAACCAGGUGUCAGACCUGCAGAACCAGAUAGACGGUCUGAGAGCGAGGAACGGCGCUCUGGAGCAGCAGCUGGAGGACAUGGAGGAGGCACACCUGGAAAAGGUGUCGGGUCUGGAGGGAAUCAUCGCCCAGCUGGAGACCCAACUGUGUGAGACCAGGGUGGAAAUGGGAAAAUACACAGCAGACUAUCAGGAGCUACUUCAUAUCAAGCUGAAGCUGGACGCUGAGAUCGCCACCUACAGAAAACUGCUGGAAGGUGAAGAGCAGCGACUGGGAAUCUCGGCUGAAGAAGCGAGAACCACGUCUGUGUCUCAUACUGUAGAGACCCACACAGCUCUUCAAAGCUCUGCCUGAGGAUCUGAAGACUCGUCACGCUACGCUACGGUUAACCGGCCGACUGGAAGAAAACUCUCACAAUGUAAUGCAAAG